AUGCAUCUGAAGAAAUCAUCUGCAACAGAACGACGAUUCAUCGGGAAAGAAGCCGCCGGUUAUUUCUCUUCCGAUUCGGAUCCGAGCCCUAACCUUAAUCCGAUUCAUUUCCCUUUCCAAUCGCCCCAACUUCAGAGCCCAGAUAACUCUCCUCCAUGUCGAAGAACAGCCAUUGAUGCAGACGCUGGUUUCACUAAGUAUAAUCAUCCGCAAGGCCAGAGACACCACCACACGGUUGAUAUCGCCGAUUCAUCGUCUCAAAUCCCGAUCUCGAAUCCGCACAAAAGGUCUGCGGUGAUUCAACCGUCUCACACGUUGAAUAUCGCCGGCGGCGUUGACCAUUUCCGGCGAGGAGGCGCGCGGGCACGCCUGGGCUCGAUUUCUUCCUUCUCCCCGUCGAAUCUGUGGUCUAUUCUUUCUUCGUAUCGGCUAACAUUACCGUUCGCGACUGAUCGGCUCGUGAGGAAGCUCCUCCGUCAUAUCCUUCGAGCCCGAUUGAUUUGUUUCCACCUUCGUUUCUUUCUGCUUCUUGCCGUCCCUCCUCUAUACAUCUUCUUCCUUGUCAUCAAUCUUCGCAUCUUUCUUCUUUUGGUCUUCUCGAUUAUCGCUCUUUCCUUCAUCCUCUCCAUCUCUCUCAAAUUCGCUCUUCCUCACUUACCCUCAAUCCGCCUGUUCAUCGCUCGCUUGCUCACCCUCAAGCUUAUCCCUGCCAGAUUCUUUUCCUCUCAGCCGAAAACGCUACCAGUUGUUUGGUCAAUCGGAUCGAAGCCAGUUACCGAGAAUAACACCAACUCAGGCUCUUGGGUUCAGAAGUUUGGCACCAAUGAUCUCUACGAGGGAGAGUUUCAUAGAGGCAAGUGUUCAGGAAGUGGAGUUUAUUACUAUUCCAUGAAAGGCAGAUAUGAAGGGGAUUGGAUUGAUGGGAAAUAUGAUGGUUAUGGAGUCGAAACAUGGGCUAAAGGAAGUAGAUAUCGAGGUCAAUACAGGCUAGGGCUAAGACAUGGAAUCGGAGUGUAUAGAUUCUAUACAGGAGAUGAAUAUGCUGGUGAGUGGUCCAAUGGGCAGUGCCAUGGAUGUGGUGAAUAUACCUCUGAGGAUGGAAGUAGAUAUGUUGGAGAAUUCAGGAGGGGUGCCAAACAUGGCCUUGGUCAUUACCAUUUCAGAAACGGCGAUGCAUAUGCUGGGGAGUAUUUUGCAGACAAGAUGCACGGUUUUGGAGUGUAUCAAUUCGAGAACGGGCACAAGUACGAAGGAGCUUGGCACGAGGGAAGAAGGCAAGGGCUCGGUAUGUACACUUUCAGAAAUGGUGAGACACAGGCUGGUCACUGGCAAGACGGUGUUCUCAGCUGUGCGAGCGAGCAGACCAUACAUCCUGGAUCAUCUAUUACCAUCAGCCAUUCCAAAGUCAUUGAUGCUGUUGAGCGAGCAAGGAAAGCAGCUGAGAAGGCAAGUCAAGUUGUGAAAGUUGAAGAGAGAAUCAUCAGAGUUGUGAUGGCAGCAAACAGAGCUGCGAAUGCUGCAAGAGUAGCAGCCGUGAAGGCUGUCCAAUCACAAACUUUUCACCGGAAUUAG